UGGGAAUCAUCUGAAUCGGCACAUAUUCAAUUAGCUUGGCGUACGCAGCCGGCUGAGUCAAGCUGUGCAAAUGCUCAUGCAUUUGGCGCUCACAAUCCGAAGAUCCCAAGAUGCCAAAGGCCGCGAAAGCCUCUGUGACGGAGACGACAAGGAAUGCGCGACAUAACCCCCAUCUACCUAGAAACCAAGCCUGCCAUCAAUGUCGCAAGAAGAAACUCAAAUGCGAUGCCGGAAGGCCGUGCUCGACUUGUGUGAAGGCUCACGCGCACAAGGUUGCCCCCCUUAUGGUAAAGGGGCAACCGUUCGACCCAAACCCGAGUUGCACAUAUGAUGAGCCUGCUGAUGAGUCUUCAUCCCGUGAAAUAGGUCCAAGCCAAACUCAACCGCAAUCAUCUUCAUCAGGAGUCGCUGACACAAAGACCACACCAAAUCUGAUUGGUCAGACUCCAUAUCCCAUAAUUGCAUCGGAACCUCCACUCGGUCCAUCACCCGCUGAGUAUCCAAUCAUAUUUCCGGAAAACUCCCGCUAUGGUACCAUGUAUAGUUUUGACUGGACGUCAACACACGAACAUCGCGUAAACAUCCAUGAGAAACCAGACGUGAUAGCAAACUUAGAUCCUUCUUCACUGGCCUUCCUCGAAUCUCCGCCCUCGUUGGGUUCUCCCAUUACUUCUACCACGCCUUCGCCUCCAUCGACUUCACAGUCAACUGCUGUUGUCCCUUCGGCAUACUCGCCGACCUUACCUCCAGCUCAUGUUCUGCUGCAUCUCGUCGAUUUAUUCUUUCACCAUGUCUCACGUGCUUCUCGCUUAAUUCACAGACCCUCGUUUCUGGCGGCCCUUCAUGAGGGGCCCAACUCGCCAAGGUAUCCCGCGCCCUCUCUUUUACAUGCCAUUUGCGCCAUCGCUUCUAUUUAUUCGCCUGACAUACCGGGGAAACCGCUGCCCGAUCUCAAGUGUCGUCCUGCCUACGACUGUUUUAUUCCUUUGGAGGAUCUCGAAUUGGAACAGGGUAUGUCUGCAGGGCUUUCGGGUUCCUUCGGGGUCGAACACGCAUCCGUAUCGAAGGCUUUGAUGGAGUUUGAUAUCCGAAUCGGGGCUAGACUCUUCGACUCCGCUCGAACGAUGGUUGUUUUGUGCUGGUACUAUCAUAUCAAUGCCCAAUGGGUUGAUCUCUGGAUGAUGUCUUCAUCCACUAUUCGAGGAUGUGUCUCUCUUGGCCUCAAUGUAUUUAUGCCCAUGGGGAGCACGGCGCUUUUAGCUGCGCUGCAAGCAUCGCUCAUGAAGAAAGAUAACCCAUUGGAGCAGGAGAGAAGGAGAUUCUUAUGGUGGUCCGCAUACAUGAAUGAGAUACACCAAUCUCUUGCUACCCAUUGGGUACCCUCUAUUACGGAGGCGCUUAUUACCCAGGAACUACCGGGAAGGCUAGUGGACUAUGAAUCAGGGAACAUAGCGCCUGGACUUCGGCAACGACUUUCAGAUGUGGACAUCCUGACAAACCAUCCUGCCUAUCUCACUGACCCAUUCACAAUGCAUUUGAAAGCAUGCAUCCUCAUGAUGAAGGUCGGGAUGUUCAACAUUCAGACGUGCCUACAUCGACAAGCAGACAUUUAUAGUGGCGCCAUUCCAUCUGAUGCCUCCUUCACCCCUUACUCCUUGUUUUGCGAUUUCUCCCUCUCGCCAUCAUCCCCUCUCAUCAUGCUUCCAAGCAAUCAUCACGCUGGUCCAUUACCCGUACGUGACCUUUCCGGCUUCGCAUCUCUUGACAACAUGAUCAUAGCAUUCCAAAUGAGCAUACCCAAGGAAUAUCGGGACCCGUGGGCACCUAGGUCUAGAUAUGCCAAUAUUUUCACAUGGCCAUCAGUUUCAUCUGUAGACCAUGAUCUAUACUGUCUGAACGUGUUGCCGCACAUUGCUACUAUGAUCCUGCAUGAGCCUCAUGCCGAGAUGCUCUCUUCAACGUGUAACUCAAAACGCAAGAUUAUCAACGCGGCAAGGGCCGUUUUGGAUACAGUGCACAUCUUGUUUGCGAGUUCCUAUGAUCCCGCCCUCCUACCUUCCUACUGCGUUUCUUACUGGAUGGCGUCCAGCAAAGUGCUUCUUCGAGCUUACAAGGCUGCUCUCGAAUCUGGACUACGGGAGGAAGCCGAAGCUCAUCGUGGCGGGAUCGAGAUCUUCCGCCUCGUGCUCGCCAAAGUUGGGGAGAAACUUGAGCUGGCAUACAGGUCUGCCAUGAUUCUGACUGAGACAUUGUCGAUUGUGGACAAAACCGUUCCUACAGGUGGAGCCGGAAUGAUGUGAAUUCAG